AACCCAAGAACUCCUUCAUGGCUUCAUUACCAUUUUAGAGAGAGAAACUACCACAGGAGAGAGAAACUUUAAGACGGUGCUGGAUUUUCUCUUCUUCCCCCAUUUUCAUUCCCCAUUUUUUUUUUGAUUUUAUUAAAUUUAAUUUUAUUAAAUUUAAUUUUAUUUUCUCUCUCCUCUUUAUCUGUAAAGAUUCUGCUUCUAACCUUUCUGGUACAAUCAUAUAAUGACGUGAUUCCAGGUGGUACAGAAGAGCUCGGAUUUGUUUACAUUUUCCGUUUUACAGAACUACAUCAGUUUUUGUGGUAGAAUCUUGUGUGGAAAGCUUAGAUGUCUACUGCAAAAGUAAUUUUUACAUACAAGCGGAAGCGCUUAUCUUCAUGCUCUGGUGUUGGGCAUGCGGAUGCCUCUGCUGAUUUUUCUUUGGAUGUUCAAGAGGACAAACAUCAGGAUGCCCCCAACGAGAAGAUCAAGAGUCCAGAAAAAGUUUUAAAGAAUUGCAAGAGUGUUAAUUGCAAUGAUGUGGACUGCACUAUGGACCGUCGAAGCUGUCUUGAACCCUUUAAUAAUCAGCACACAGAUUUCCAGCUUCAGCAUGUCUGUCAUGGGGAAGAAAUUCCCGCUGCUUGUUUGUCUCCUGCACUCAACAAUUCAAAUAGACUUGGAGAGGAGUACGAUGUUCAAAGAUCUGAUACAACUGACACUAGAAAAAUGGUACUUGCCUCCCAUGAGUUGCCUGGGGAUGAUACCUUCAAAAUAUCAGGCGAACAUAUUUCUGCUGAAGCGUCUCUAGGAGAAACCACGAACUCCAUUAAGAAAUGUUCUUGUUCACUUCACUCCAGCUAUCUGGACGUUGAGCGAUGCAUGCAGGACGGUUCGGUUUCUCAAUCAGUGGAGAAGGAUUCUAAUAUACUUUCUAAACCAAGUGAUGUGUGUAAAACCGAAGUUGCAAAAGGAAAUUCUAGUGUACCACUUCGUACUUUUAGUAGAAGGCUGAAAAGGAAAGCAGAUGAGUGUGGUGCAGGUAUGUGUACCAAGUUCCCGUUUAGAGAACGAGACACAGUCAUCAAAGAGUGUGACUCAGGGCCUGUUCCCUCUUGUACAUGUGAAGUGGCAUCAAAGGAUAACAGUCUAGUUGAGAAAUCUUUGGAUAUGAAAAUCAAAAGCAAUGAUGUUGAAAAUAUGAAUGUGCCUUGUCAAAGCUGUGAUAAAAUGAGUAGCAGUGGAAUAAAAGACUCUUCAUGUCCUUGUGGACAGUCUUGUGAAGAAAAUCUGAUCAUGAGGAAAUCUGAGAAAACAAGUAAUACCCAGGAAGACUUGGUUGUGGACACCUCACCUGAUAAUCAAGCUGCAAUUAAGACAUCAGGAUCAAUUCCCUUUGCUUUUCAUUAUUUUGAUGUGAUAGGAAGUACUGACAUUCAGAAGGAUGAUGUUAGGUGUUCAUCAUAUGAUGAAACUGGGGCCGCCUCCUGUAAUUUAGCCUGCAAAACAGAUAAGCAGCCUGUAUCACAACGUCGAGCUUCCAGUGGUGACUCUCAGCUCACAAGUGAUUCCUCAGACUUGAAGAAUGGUGCUGCCAAGAGAGUGGAACAUAGGGGUCGUCGCUCAAAUUCAUUGGACCUUUCUUGUCCUCCACCUGGUGUUUGUGCAAUUGAUUGCAAUGUGGUUCCAGAAUCUUAUGUCCAAGAGGAGGCUUCAGAUAUAAUUCAGGAUUCCUCAACGGUCAUAAAUAGUGAAAAAGUCGCGCAGGAUGGGAAUAUGAAGAGCAAGGGUUUUGAAUUGUUUGGAGAUGACAGUGGUCAAGUGGAGGAUUCAUCUAAUGGUGUUCAUACCUCAAUCAAGACGAAAAUUAAACCCAAAUCCACAUGUCUGCAGCUAUUUGCAGAAGAUGUGAAAACUAGUCAAAUCACUCCAUCAAGUACUCUUUUUGAGAAUGGUUACAGCCAAGCUCAGCAAAAUGUUGCUUGUGUUUUAGAUAGUCAAAGACAAGCUUCGACUGUUAUAGGAUCAUCCCUUCCCACGAGGCCAAUACAUGAAGGUCAAAGUUCCAAGGAUGCCCCCACAACACACCUAUUCCAGAAUUGUAAUUUCAGAACCUGUGAUUACAAGCAGAAUCCAGUUCAGUCAUUUCCUGACCAGGCAUCUGUAAGACACAAAUUAUUACUUGAUAGUAUUAAUACUAAAGCUACUUCUCUGAGGGGUAAUAGGAACAUCUCAUUGGACAAGUUUGAGCCCUGUCCAGAUAUGUGGUCAGAUGAGGAGCUGGAUUCUCUUUGGAUUGGUUUGAGGCGGCAUGGAAGGGGUAAUUGGCAUGCUAUGCUACUAGAUCCAAGGUUGCGCUUUGCUCCAUGGAGAACGGCAGCAGACCUAGAGGGUCAGUGGGGACGAGAACAGUACAAGUUGUUCAGUGGGCAACAUGUACCUUCAAGUAGAAACCUUAAGCCACAAGAUGCUUACAAUUUACACUGCCAUGGCCCUGUUGGCUGUCAUGGGACUGGUGUUAGGAGAGAGAAUGUUGCAGCUGAGACUCAGCUUUCUCUAGGAGAUAUGUAUGCUAAAAAUGAUGCUGUCUUCUCAAGAAGCAGCGCUCUGAGUUAUGGGAUAGCUCAAGCUCAUAGGCAUGUAACUAUGGCUAGUAGUGUUGGUAGUUAUUUGUUCAACAAUGUCCAAGCUAGUGUUAUGAUUAGAGGUGUAUCAUCUGAUGGUCCAGCUAUGGCCUUGGGUAUGAACAAUUGUUUACCUCAUUGGCUUAAAGAUCCGAUCAGCACUCCUUCAAGGCCAUUUAAUCCACCUCUACCCCCAAUUUCAACUCUUCCUCCAAUGGGAGGACAUCGGCUUGUCCAUGCAUUUCCAGAAACUGCGGGAACAACCUGUAAACGGAAGAAUCCAGUCAAUAUUAAACCUGCUUGUCUACACCCUUUGAGUCAUCAGUAUGGCAACCCCUUGACUAAUAAACCAGAUUUGGCUAAUAACCUCAUCGUAAUUGAUAGUGAUGCUUCAUCAGAGGAAACAAUAUCAGAUGAUGCUAAUGUUAGGAGUAAUUAGUGAGGAGAUCAUUGUAAAACCUCUCGCGGGAUUUUGUACAAAUGUGUUUCUAAUGUACAGUCAUGUAUUCAUAGAACAGUUUUUUGGGAACUGUUUGACCUUUCAGUUCCUGAGUUUUGCUCCCUGUGAUUCUUUGUUGUGCGUGCUUGCUCUAUUGACCUGAUAUGCUUGCAGCUCAGACAUGCAAAGUGCUGAUUGACAUUCAUGGCGUUGCUGUGGGUUUUUAUAAUGCAAGCCAUCACUUCCAUUUUCUUUUGUAAUA